CACAAUUGAAGGCGGGGGUUGUAGUUCAAACCGACACUCGGUGCUCAACAGUAGGCUACAUCAGGUUUUCGCUUCAGUGUCCAUAACCCGCAGAAGAUUUUAAACAUGGCUGGUGGAAAGGCAGGCAAGGACUCCGGAAAGACCAAGACGAAGGCUAUUUCGCGCUCACAGAGAGCAGGACUGCAGUUUCCAGUGGGCCGUAUCCACAGACAUCUCAAGUCUAGGACCACAAGCCACGGCAGAGUGGGAGCCACUGCAGCCGUCUACAGCGCGGCUAUUCUUGAGUACCUUACUGCCGAGGUGCUGGAAUUGGCAGGAAAUGCAUCAAAGGAUCUCAAAGUGAAGCGUAUUACUCCACGCCACUUGCAGCUGGCCAUUAGAGGAGAUGAAGAGCUGGAUUCCCUCAUCAAAGCUACCAUUGCUGGCGGAGGUGUCAUUCCCCAUAUUCACAAGUCUCUGAUUGGAAAGAAGGGCCAGCAGAAGACCGUAUAACCUGAAGUGCUCUGAAGUUGUGCCAUCUCAGGACGAAGUCUGCAUCAAUUGGUUAAAUGUCUUAGUGUAGAACGCCUGUAGGGUUAUUUGUAUGGUUGAGCUUGCAUUUACUCACCUGGGGUAUUUUUUAAGAAGUGGCUUCAAAGAAGCUCAUUUGUGUUUUUGCCUUUUGUUUGGUGCUACCAUUGUGUUAACCUGCUUUUUGUGGCAUUCCCAUGUAAAGUGUCGUUUUAAUAAAGCUCUUAACGGGCAUUUGUUUCA